UCUAGGCAGAAGAGUUCUCUGUAUACACCUUUGAAAAGUAUAAGUCAUGUUCGAUGGCAGUUCUACGUGUUGUUGUUGGAAGUAUCUGAUACUACUUCGUGAACAGGUAGGUAGAUGUUGUGCCUGAGGAUGUGAGAUGUACAACUUGACCAAGAGUGUGGAUUACAUUCUGCAGCAAGUUGGCCAGCUGGACAUUGAUUACUUACGCUGGGUAGUAUGGCUAACCUACCCAAUCAUUAUCUCCUUUCUGCUGCCACUAGUCCUCCUCUUGUUCCUGUAUGCCUCAGUCUUGUUCCUACUGGUGUACAGACAGAGACACAGGCUCAGAGAUGCCUAUGCUCAAGACUUCUGGGAUGGAGCCAGGAAAACUCUAGCAGCUUUGUGGGAUGGUCAAGGCAGAAUUUGGCAUGGUUAUGAGGUUGUGGGGCUGCAGGAGAUACCUGCCACUGGACCUGCCCUGGUUAUCUACUACCAUGGGGUCAUCCCCAUUGAUAUAUAUUACAUCAUGGCCAAAAUCAUCUUAGAGAAAGGUCGUCAAAUCAGAGCCGUUGGAGACCGCUUCCUGUUUCACAUUCCAGGCUGGCGACUGUUGAUGGAGGUGUUCCAUGUGACGCCAGGCACUGUACAGAGUUGUGUAGAUGUACUGAAGGCUGGACACAUACUCACCAUAUCUCCUGGUGGUGUGCGAGAGGCACUCUUCGGAGAUGAAUAUUAUCAUGUCAUGUGGGGAAAAAGAACUGGAUUUGCCAAAGUUGCUUUGCAAGCAAAUGUACCUGUCAUUCCAAUGUUCACAAUGAAUUGUCGGGAAGCCUUCCGAACUCCUGGCUGGGGAAGAUCUCUGUUGAGAAAAUUUUAUGAAAUUACAAGACUGCCACUUGUUCCUAUUUAUGGAUUUUUCCCAGUAAAAUUGAAAACGUACUUGGGGAAGCCUCUCUACCCAGCAUCAGAUGACACGCCGGAUUCCUUUGCAUCAAAGUUAUUUCAAAUCAGACGAACAGCGGAACAUCGUAAUAACUUAUGAAAGACGACUUUUUCAUAAAGACACGCCAUCAGCCGAGUACUUAUGAUGUUUGCUGUGAUGCAACACAACGCAUUAUAUAGCGCGAGUAAACACUGCCAUCCGAAAACGUCAGGAAUGUCAGGAAACUCAAAAUAAAACGAUCUUCCUCGAUUUCAUUUUAUUUGAUUAAAUUUAAUCCCAUUUUCAUUCAUUAAAAUUGUUUACAGUAACAUCAGAGAGAUCUUGUGUGAAAUGACAUCACCUCUUUCUCGUACCACUUCCGCUUACCUUUGUAACAAGUAGUUUUCCAACUAUUAUAUGAGCGUUUAAACAACCUUGUUCAUAAGGGUCCGUUUUUCGAGCCCACCGCGAUAGCACCAAUUUCACAUUAUUCUCAGCAAUCAUGAACAGACACCCAUUGACCCCAAGAUCCACGUUAUUGACUCAUUGAAGUCAUAUUUGACAAUUAAUUGCCAACAUUUUGUUUUUACAACCAAAGUGGCAGGUACCACGGGAAGUCAACGGUGACUUGUCAAACUGUCUCCUACGUCUCCCACGUAACCCAAAGUGAUGAACCUAUGUUAAUUAUUAUGUUAAAUAUGUACGCAAGGACAAUGGUCAGUCACACAAACUGUAACUGUCUUAUGACCAUGG